AUGGGUGAGCCGAGUUCUUCUUGGUACAACUCGAUGGCAGUGUCUACACUUGGAAGUGGAAAUCUUCGUGAAGCACUCAAGUUGCCUCCCGGGGAAGAUAAAAACGAGUGGCUUGCAGUGAAUAUUAUCGAUCUGGUGAAUCAAGUUCGAAUGGUUUUUGGAGUGCUCUGCGAAUCUGAAUGUACUGAUUCGAAAUGUCCGUCGAUGACAGCUCACGGAAGACAAUACACUUGGACGAGUGAUGAGACUGUUCUGAACACAAGUGCUCCUCAAUACAUCGAUCUAUCCCUUACUUCUUGCCAACUCAACAUUGACGAUGAAACCGUAUUCCCAUCCGAAAUUGGGAAACAAUUUCCUGCGAAUUUCGAAGAACGAUGUCAGACAAUCAUGAGAAGACUAUUCCGAAUAUACGCUCAUGUAUACUUUGCCCAUGUCAGCCAUUUCAAAGAAAUAAAAGCUCUGCCACAUCUCAACACCUCAUUCAAACAAUUCGUGCUUUUCGCCAAUCAAUUUCAUCUUCUGAACAAGAUGGAAACGGAGCCACUUCGAGAAAUCAUCGAGAAUCUUGUUUCAUUCAGUUAA